AAGCAGAGUCAAAGUGAGGAGACGGAGCCAUGCCGCAGCCCUCUCUCUCGGCCACAUUGUGAAAUAGCGCGCAACUGCCCCCUCCCUGCGGCCACCUUCCAACCGCCAUAACCUUCACUUCCGCCUCCACCUCUCUCCCGAAUCCCCAUUUUCCUCCUUUCCACCAUCAAAACCCCUUCGCCUCUUCGAUUCAGCCCACAAAAUCGAGCAUUCUCCACUGCGAUUUAUCAGAAACCACCACUAAUCACUACCUCCACGACUCUAUAUUCCCGAAUCGCAUCGCAAAUCGCCGUUGACUGUUCCUCACGACGACGCGGUUUUCUUAUUACAUCGUGCAUUCCAUAACCCCAGGUUCACCGCCAUUCAAUUCCCUACAUAUCUGAUCCCCUGAUUUUUUCUCUCUUUCGAUUGCUUCCACAAAAGGGUGAUGGAUCAUGGGGGUAGCAACCCAGAAACCAGACAAGGAAUUCCACUUAAUCGAGCUAGGAGUUUAGGCUCUUCAUUUAGGAGAAGCUCUUUUAACUCUUCUUGUGAUCAGCCUCCUCUAACUGAUCAUGAUGCUGAAAGUGAGAGCGUUUCAGAAGCGGGGGACAUUGGGGAUCGUGCUCUUUACAGCAAUAGAUUCAGUGAUAGUGAGCGCUUUAGCUUAUCUCUCGAUCGUGCUUUGGAGAAUGGUGCAAUUGCCCCAAUUCCAGAGAACCCCUUCGUGCAAUCCUAUGGAUUUCUAGGUCGUGAAUCUGCAACAGUUAAUACUCCUGCUUCUCUUGUGCCACCUCAAGCUGAGGAAAUCGUGUCCACUCUUGCAAACUGCCCCAUAGAUCAUUCUGAAGACACAAAGCAAGAAAGCAAGAGGAAGUUUUCAAGGCUGUUGGAGUAUGUAACAUGCCUUGUUCAUCUUGCUGUUUUUGGAAUUCUUGGGGUCUUGACAAGAUAUGGACUACAGAAGUUGUUUGGCCCAGAGAAUGCAAACGUGACGAACAAUGAGACGAUUCUGUAUCCAGAUCUGCCUUCCAAUAUGGUGGGAUCAUUCUUGAUGGGAUGGUGGGGUGUUGUUUUCAAAGGAGACAUUUCAGGCAUUUCAGAUUAUCUAGCCAUUGGAUUGACGACCGGUUACUUGGGAAGCCUAACAACAUUCAGCGGAUGGAAUCAGAAAAUGCUGGAUUUAAGUGUCGACGGCCGCUGGCUCUUUGCCAUCCUCGGUUUCUUCAUAGGCUUGUUUCUGGUGGCCUACUCCAUAAUCUUCGGAAUAGAAACAGCAAAGGGCUUCCGAUGGAUUAUGAAAAGAAAAAACAUAACCUGCAGCUGGUGCUUGAAAGUGGACAGCUACGAGCGUGACUUAGCAGCAAUGGUGGGGUUUUCACUGAUGCUGAUUCUAUUGUGGAGCUUCAGUGGGAGCCUACUAGAGAGAGAUUUCAGCAGCGAGGCGGCGGAACUGUGGGUGGGUUGCCUGGUGGGGCCGGUGGGGGUAUGGGCGCGGUGGUUCUUAGCCAGGCUAAAUGGGCGGGGAGUGGGGCGUAAAGGGCGGUGGAAAUGGGUGCCGAUUGGGACCCUGAUGGCGAAUGUUUUAGCGGCGUGUGUGAUGGCGGCGCUGGCGACGGUGAAGAAAGCUGUGAAAACGGAGAAGGUGGAGACGGUAGCGAGUGGGGUACAGUUGGGGCUGUUGGGGUGUUUGAGCACGGUGUCGACGUUCAUUGCAGAGUUCAACGCGAUGAGGCUGAGCGAGCAGCCUUGGAGAGCCUACGCGUAUGCGGCCCUCACGAUGGCCAUUUCCUUCGCAUUAGGCGUAUUGAUUUACUCUAUACCCGUCUGGACCCAGGGAUUGAAUGAGUAAAAUGUUGUAAAUCCCCAUUUUCAUAAUUCAUAUGAUAUUAGUACUUUAUAAUUUUUUUAUAUUUUUUAUGCA